AGGAGAUAAACCAGAGACUGCGCUGGGAUUAGGCUACCUUCCAUCUGAAAGACACUCGUUUCCUUGCGACGCACUUAGAAAUCUUCCCCCUACAGUUUAAUGUUCUGAAUCGUUUUCCCCCCUCGUAUACUCGGGAGUGAUAGAGACCAACAUGAAGUAGCCCCAUAACUGGAAGUCGUAUUUUGUCUACUUGGAUAUCUAUGACUUUUUGGAGGGCUCUGGGUUCGACGAAAGAUAAAGAUGCCUCUUUCGGUGUUGUUAACACUUUGGAUGUUUUCCAUGGUGAAUGGGAAGCAUCCAAUGUGUCACUUCAUGUCUGAAAUACAGAGAGCAGGGAAAGCAUGCAUUGGAAGACUGGGGGAGCAGCUACCUCUCAAUUUCCAAGGUUGCCGGGGCAUGUGGGAUAACAUCUCGUGCUGGCAGCACGCGCAGGUCAACGAAGUGGUCACCAUCACCUGCCCAGAGGUGCUCAGGAACCUGUUCGGCACAAACGGAAACAUCAGCAGGAACUGUUCUUCUGAUGGAUGGUCAGAAGUCUACCCCGGCAUCCACAGUGUUUGCUGGGACAAGCCACGAUCCAACAAGCUGGUGUUUUAUGUGGUGGUGAAGACGCUCUACACGCUGGGCCACAGCCUCUCCCUCAUCGCCCUCAUCACUGGCAGCGCCAUCCUGUGUCUGUUCCGAAAGCUCCACUGCACAAGGAACUACAUCCAUCUGAACCUCUUCCUCUCCUUCAUUCUGAGAGCCAUAGCAGUGCUGACCAAGGAUACCAUUUUGUUUACAGAAGACGAGAACUGCUCAGAGCAACCAUCCUUUAUUGGGUGCAAGGUGAGCUUGGUGUUUUUCCAUUACUUCGUAAUGGCCAAUUUCUUCUGGCUGCUGGUGGAGGGCUUGUACCUUCACACCCUGCUCAUGGUCAUCUUCUCCGAGAACAGACACUUCAUCGUCUAUCUCCUCAUUGGAUGGGGGUUCCCCACAGUGUUUGUGAUAGCAUGGAUCAUCAGCAGAGUUUACCUGGAGGACACAGGGUGCUGGGAAUGGAAUGACUCAGUCAUCCCUUGGAGGGUGAUCAACUGGCCCAUUAUGGCGUCUGUUAUAAUCAAUUUUAUCCUCUUCAUCAGCAUCAUACGGAUCUUGGUGCAGAAGCUGAGAUGCCCAGAUGUUGGAGGAACUGAUCAGUCUCAGUACAAGAGGCUGGCAAAAUCAACACUUUUGUUGAUUCCCUUAUUUGGAGUACAUUACAUAGUGUUUGUGUACAUCAUGGAGAAGAACAGUGAAGCCAUAGAAAAAUACAAAAUAUUCUUUGACUUGUGCGUCGGAUCAUUUCAGGGCCUUGUUGUUGCCACCCUGUACUGCUUUUUGAACAGUGAGGUCCAGAGCGAGGUGAAGCGGAAGUGGCGAAGCGUGUGCCUUAAGCGCUAUGUUGGCCAGGACUACCGUCAGCACAGCUCAUCCAUCUCCCGCAACGGCAUGGACAACGUGUUGCAGUUCCGCCGCAACACCCGGGCUCAGUCCUUCCUGCAGACGGAGACCACCGUGGUGUGACCCGGACUUUUGGGGAUCAGUGGGACGGACAUCUCCUGGAGAUUUGACUCUGACCUUUCUACUGGGGGGUACAACCGACUAAAGUGUGAAGUCCUUCUUGUGCUAUUAAUUUGGUUUUCAUUUUCAAAUCCCAGAAUUUGGUCUUAACGUUGUCUUCUGGGUCAUGCUUAAAUGUCAAACUUUUACAUCACAACUGCUGUGGUAUUUGUCACAGUAGCUUUGUGCUUGAAGCUUGAUGAUCUGAUUAAUAUGGUUAUUUUAGUACCUCUUUGAUACUGGCUUGAUGCUUGGUGGCAUUUAGGUUCAAAUUAAGUUUGCGUCAUUGUAUAUCACAGAUAUAUGCUCAAAUCAAAGACAAAAGUCACACAGGGGACAAGGCAGCUCAUUUACUAGGGUUAAUAGUCCACGGUAUUCAAGUGUGCUGAUAAUCUUAAAGAAAGGGCGUCUGACAAUAAAAGGGCAAGGCAUUUAUUGCUCACUCACACAUCUGAAUGUAAAGAAAACAAAUGUGGUGAUGAAGACAUUUCAUGCAUCUUAUACUGUACACACUGACAUAUAUGUAACACCACAGGUCAACAGUUAUAUAUAUAUAUAUAUAUAUAGGCCCAUUAUAUUGUACAUAUUUGACAUGGGCCUGGUCCAUGACAUUCUUGCUGUGUUUGUGAUGAUUCUACACUUCUCUAAAGUAUUUAACACAAUGCAUUGUGGUGUAGGUGAUGCCUUUAUGUUAUGCUGAGAGCCCCUUCUGUUCAGAUUUUGUUGAGGUGUGGUCUUGUUUGUAAACACCAUUACAGAGUCAUCAUUAGAAAUACAUUAACAGUGUUAGUGAUAGCGCUGCAAAUUUAACAAGUUCUUUCUCCAAUAUAUCAGCAUUACAUUAUUAUCUAAUUUGCCCCCUUUCCUUACAAAAAAAAACAAGCUGGUGUUUUUAUGAGUUUCUACUACUCUGGUGGAUUUAAUUUCUAAAUGCCACAUUAAAGCACAAUAUGAGUAGACCUUUAUUCAAAGGUGUACUGAAAAUGCAAGCCAUGCUAAGGUUUAACUUCAAAUUCUGCUCUCUAUUUUGUUGCUGUUGUAAACUCAGUGUUCAUGGGAAAAGACUUCAUGGAGGGCACAGAAUGAAUGUCAUUAGUCGAUGAUAAUGUUUCACAGCAUGUGAUUGUAUUUUUCAUUUUUUUGUACAUGUGUAUUUUUUUGUUCUAAUUAAACAGGAUGGAUAUACUGUAGAAAAUAUAUUAUUGUAAUUGUGUGUACAGAGUUGUAUAUACAGUAGGAAAUGUUCUUGUCUAGGAGGCUUGUUUAUUUCUCUAAGGUCUUUUACAUGGAACAUGGAGUUCUGGCAUUGUUUAUUUGUUACAGUGUUAUGAAGUUCAGUCUUAAUAUCAUCUAAAUGAAUCUUUGUGCCAUAUAAUGUUUUUUUUUUAAUAUUAGCAAAAAGACAAAGGGAAACCAUGAAAUAAAAGUUGAUUCAUUAUGUA